AGUGAGUGUUCUAGAGAGAGACAGACAGAGAGAAAGAGAGAGAGAGAGAAAGCGAGAGAGAGAGAGAGAGAGAGAGAGAGAGAGAGAGAGAUCUAUACUAUUUGAAGAAUAUUCUAAGAAGGAAUCAAAACACGUUCUUCAAUUACAGAUGGAAGGAUCUCAGAUUCCGAGACCACCUAAUCCACAGGCUCCGUACAAUCUCCCCCCGAACCACACAUACACUAAUAACAUCAAAGCUAGUGGAGUGCUAAACGGUCAGCCUGAUAAGGCACUCCUGAGGGCACAGCAGGAGGUGGACAUGCUAAAUCACUGUUUUGAGGAGAUUGAAUUGUUUAUGGUGAAACUUCAGCAGGCAGCUGAAGCUCAGAUCAUCCUGGAACAGAGAAACAAUAAAAAGAAAAAGACCAGAAAGAAGGAGGAUGACCUGCUCAGUGUGAAAGCUAAAAUUCCUCCUGAAGCCGAGUUCAUCCAGAUCUUUCAGAAAUUCAAAUACAGUUUCUGUCUUCUGGCAAGGUUAAAAUCAGCCAUUGCUAACCCCACAUCAGAUGAACUCCUACACCACAUCUUCAAGCCACUGGACAUGAUUGUGAGAACUACAGGAAGUCCAGCAUUAGCAGCAUCAGUGAGAAGUCCUGGGUUGACAGUGGGUGCAGUGACACUACUCAAAGAGAACCUAACACUGCAAGAACAUACACUCUGGAACUCCCUGGGAAGCUACUGGACACAAUCAGGGUCAGCAUUAGGUUUUUCUGGAUCUUCGUACACUCCUUUGUUUCUGAAUGGUUGGAAACCACCUGGGGCAGAGCUUGAGGGCUGGAUCGAUCCCAUCCAAGCAGAACACAACAAAGAUGAAGAGGAAGAAAAGAGUUCUGUCCAGCCUCCUGCUCUUCUGAUUCCUGAUCAGAACAUGCACACAGAAGUUGAUGGUGCACCACAAAAGGAGAGACUGUACAGAUGUAGCUAUGACUUUGUGGCUCGGAACAGCAGUGAGCUCUCAGUCCUACAGGGAGAUACACUGGAGGUCAUUGAGUCAUCCAAGCGAUGGUGGAAGUGUCGUAACAGGUUUAAUGAAGUUGGUUUUGUCCCUUUUAACAUUCUGGAGCCUGUUUCUCACAUAGAGAGUCUGGAGCCCAAAAGACCACCCAAGGGUCCAGCACUACCUCCAAUGCAGAAGACAAGCACUCUACCUCUGCCCUCUUCCCUUGGCAUGACCUCUGCCCUCAACAGCUCACGACCACACAGCAUUGCCCUUCCACCUCAACAUCUGCCUGAGGACACAGAGAAAGUGAUGCAGGUUAAUGAUGAACUCCUGCAGAGACUGACCAGUGGAAAAGCAGGCCUGUCUCGUCCAUUGGUCAUCCAUCGCUCUGCUGAUACCUCACUUCCUCUGGACUAUAAAUCUCCUCCUGCAGAGGUUGAGGCCUGGCUACAUGGGAAAGGCUUCAGUGAGCCGACUGUACAGUGUCUUCGUGUAUUAACAGGAGCUCAGCUCUUCUCUCUGAAUAAAGAGGAGCUUCGUGCUGUGAUUCCUGAAGAAGGAUCUAGAGUGUACAGCCAAGUUGCCGUACAGAAAUCACUGCUGGAGGAUGUCAGGAAGGCAACAGAGCUGGAGACAGUAAUGGAGAAACAGAAGAUGAAAGUGGACUUUACAGCUGAGAGUGGAACUCUAUAACAUGUGUCAUACUCCAACGUACCAAAACCUCCUGCACCCCCUCAUUAAAACCGCAGAUGCAAUUUAUAUAUAUACAGUGGUGUACAUGGUGUGGCUUAACUAAAAAAAAACUUGCAUUUAUUUAAUGCGUUUAUACAGGCACACACACACAGUCUGUAUAUCUCAUAACAAACUGCUCCUCACAUGCAUACACAAAUCCUAUACCAUUAUACGGUAUAAUUGUCUAAAGUAUAUGAGUCUAAAUGUAAAUGUUUCAUGUAAAAUUUAUGACUGCACAUUAUUAAAUUAUAAUAAUUUCUGUGAA